AUGCUAGUCUCCGCCUUCCUGAGCUGGGGUCUUCUCGGUGUUCUCGCCCUUCAAACUUACACAUACUACAUCGCCUUCCCCAACGACCGCUUCCUCGCCAAGCUCCUCGUAUACGGCAUCUUCCUAUGCGAGGCCGUACAAACGCUCAUUAUUUCACAUGACACAUUUCAAGUUUUCGUUGUCAAUUUUGGGGAUUUACAUUCUAUGGAUUCGAUGCAUACGAAUUGGUUCUCGAUUCCGAUUGCUGGGGGGAUCACUGGGUGCAUUGGUCAACUAUUCUUUGCGUAUCGGAUAAACAUGAUUUCGGAGACGAGGACUGUGCCGGUAUUUAUCAUCAUCCUCUCCGCGGCUUCGGGAGUAUCAGCGCUCAUAGCUGGAGCGCAGUUCUAUUCAGCAGGGAGCUUUAGCGCGUUAAGAAGCAACACGCUAACUUCUGUCGGGAUUUGGAACGGGACGGGUGCGAUGUGCGAUAUUAUCAUCGCUCUUUCCAUGCCAUACUAUAUUCUAAAGAAAGGAACAGGGCUCCCCGCCACACACGCCAUCAUCAUCAAAAUCAUGAGUCUGCUCAUCGAAACGGGGGUCGUCACAGCCGUCAUAGCCAUGGUGCAUCUAGUCCUCUACUUUGCAUUCACAGACGCCUUCCUCGUUCCGGGUGUAACCAUAUCGAAAGUAUACGCCAACACCAUGCUCAUGAUCCUAAACAACCGUUUGAGGAUUAUUGGUGGAAGGAUUGAGGAGCGUCAGGAGUCAAUGGAUGAUAAGACGGAUGUGUCGUUUAGGAAUCCGACGACGGGGAGUGGGGGGAGGACGCAGAUACAUGUUUCGAGGGAUCGGUUGACGUUUAGGUUGAAUGAUAUUUCGAUACGGACGGAUGUGGAGAGACGGGUUGAUUUUGAUUUGCCUGUUUCUGCGAAUUCGGCGAAGGAGAAGGGAGAUUCGUCGUCUGAAUCUGAGCAUGACCUUGUUCAGAUACCGCCUCUUGGGAUGAUUGCGCAUGUGGUCUGA